CUUGCUAAGCAUAGACCUGUUUUCUUGUUUCAAAAUGAUUUGGAAAUUUUUCUAAAUAACAGCUGUUUUUUUAGUACUCAAACUUCAAUCUGUGUCUUAAUAUCCGAGUACAAGUGGAAAUUCUGGUAGCUGUGAAUCAGAGGCCUGGUGUGAGUUUUGGCAGCUGCUUGAAACAGUUUGUUACAAGAUGUUUGUCACAGUGAAAUUUGGAGCGGACCACCAAAUUAUAUUAAACCCAAACUGCAAGGUAGUGAACUUGAUUGAAAGUUUAAGAGAGAGGUGCCAGUGUGGAUCUGAUGUUUCCAUAGAUCUAUUGGAUGAGUCGGGGAACUUAGUCAACCUUAGCGAUUUGGAGGGAUCACAGGAUAUUGGUACGAACUACCUAAAGGAACGUCAUUGCUAUGUUCUGGUCAAAAUCAUCCGAGAUGGAUCAGAGCCAGCGCGGUAUGAGUCCAUGCUGGAGAACUUGUGGAAACGCUACCCAGAACUAGCAGAACGUCUACAGAAGCUAUCCCAUCCACACCUAAAAGAUAAGUGGCGUAGUACUGCUCAAAAAAAGGUCCGUCAGGCCAAGGAAACACCUUUAAGUUCUCCAAGCAAGAGUCGCUUAUCAUCCCAACAAAAGAGUCGGUUAUCCUGAGAAGCCAUGUACUCAUGUAACAAAGAGCUUUAUGACCAGGAGAUGAAAGCCUAGACUAUAUU